GGAGAAGUCCGUCGUCUUCAUUGCUUGUAUUAUUUUUCGCUCGGUUGAACGUGUUUGAGAUUUGCUCGGAGGAAUUUUUGUAUGGCCUACUGGGUGGAAUCACUAUUUAACAAAAAGUGACUGUAAAUUAUACAAAACUGUUAAAACGCAGUGCGAUGCAUUUUAGAGGUUGAUUGUAGAAGCAUUAAGAAGAUAAUUCGUGAAUAAACUGAAGAAAUUUGUGUUUAAACUGCGAAGGUAAAAGAUCAACAUAAAACCAGAAAAAAACAGUGAAGAAGAUUUACAAAAUUGGUUUUAAGUGACAAAAUUGUGCUUCUAGAUUUGUGCAAAUGGCUUUUGAUUGGGGUUUGUUAUGCAAACUUUGAAAUGCACUGCUAGUUUUGUUGGAGGUUUUCUAGAAGGUGUAAUUAAUGUUGUUUCCUGCUAAACUGUAGCGAGAAGACACCACCAGUGCAGGAGAAAAUAUUUACGGUGAACACAUACACACAAACAAUUGAUGCGCCGUGACCUGACAGCCGACAGACGGUUUUGUGACUGCGGUCCCCCACAAACUAAUUUAUGCAGUUUUAUGAACGCGCCACCACCACGACCAUUCAAGCAGCACCAACACAGUUCAUUGAGAAAGUGAGGACCGUCCCGUGGGCUUUCGUCGUCGGUUAUUUUGGUGUGUGAUUAGCAGCAGCAGCACCAGUGCAGGAAGUCCCCCGAAAAAUGCCUUUAAAGUGCGCGCUGGAAUGACACCACGUGUGAAAGAGAGGGAGAAAAGGAAGAAAGAGAAGGGAAAAAGUUGAAUGAAUAAAAAACUAACAACAACAACAACAACAGCAGCAGCAGCAAACAAUCAACGGGAGCGCGCGCACCGAAGAAGAGAAGAGAAGAGAAAAGUGAGGUGAAGAGAAGAAAAGUGUGCGCGUGAGAGAGUGAGCAAACAUCCUGGUUCUCGCUCUCUCCCUCUGUUGGUCGCGUUUUUCGUGGGUGAACCCAAAAUAUACAGUGAACGAGCCUCGAAACGAAAAAAAAAAAAACAUUCACAAAACAAGUAACACGCACACACACACAUACACAGUGCUACAAAUUGUGUGUUGUGCAAUAAUAACGGUGCGAUCCGUGGUUACCGUGGUGAAAGAGAGUGUGUUGCCGUGGAACCCCGCAAGUGAAGUGAAGAAGUGAUUUCUGGCGUUGUAGUGCCGUCUCUGCAGUACGGUUCAAUUCAGUUCCUUUUUUAUGAAUAAACACCGUUCCGUACCCCGAUGAGAGAGCAGUGCGUCGGUGUUGGUGGUGUUGGCGGUUCAUGGAGCAACAACGUCGAUUGCACGCUCACCACGUUCCACACGGCCAGUUCAUUCCGACCAGCAGCAGCAGCAGAAGGCGAUUUGUGUGUAUACAUUCGCAGUGCUAGUUAUGGAUUCAAUAUGGCUGACGACACACGCAAAGUCCGUGUUGAGGAACAACUGAAGAUAAAAAUAGGUGAAGCGAAGAACCUGCUCGGUCGCAAUGGCAACAACUGCGGCGGUUCGUCCUCAUCGGGCUCGAAGGAAAACCGGGACGUGUACUGUACGGUCGCGCUGGACCAGGAGGAGAUCUGCCGGACGCCGACGAUCGAGCGGACGCUCAGUCCGUUCUUCGGCGAGGAGUACCAGUUCGAGAUACCGCGCAGCUUUCGGUACCUGUCGGUGUACGUGUGGGAUCGCGACCGGCACCUGAAGCAGGACAAGCCGUACGGCAAGAUCGCCAUCAAGCGGGAAGAUCUGCACCAGUACAACCACAAGGACCACUGGUUUCCGCUGCGGCCCGUCGAUGAGGACUCGGAGGUGCAGGGGAUGGCCCACCUCGAGAUCAGCGUCGACGACGGGGUCGGCAAUCUGAAGCAGGUCCCGGAGUUUGACGACCACUUCCAGGUGAACCACCAGUCGUCCAACAACAGCACCUCGUCCUUUGGCAGCGCCAUCAGCAGCAGCGGCAGCAGUGACACGAAAGAGAACUCCACCUCCUCGUCCCAUCUUCAUCAUCCCCACCUCCAUCAUCAGCACCAGCAUCAGCAUCACCCCCAUCAUCAGCUGCUGGUGAACAACUCUGUGAAUAGUACAAAUUUUAAGUUAAGUUUUCCUUCCAAAAGUGGUAGUGGAAGUGCCGGCAGUGGCACCGGAAGUGGAACGCUUAGGACAAUCUUCGGUGGCAGCGGCAGCGACUUUGGCAAUAACCAGCAGCAACCAUUCCGUAACAUUCUCGACAGCAGCACCGGCAGCAGCUCGGCCCGGAGUUCGCGCAUCUCGAUCAAGCUGACCGAGUGCAUGGACCUGGCCCGCAAAAAUGGCCUCUGUGAUCCGUACGCAAUACUAACUGCUCACUACUCGAAUAAGAAGAAGAUAACGAAACGUACUAAGGUGAGAAAGAAGACCGUCAACCCGGAGUUUGGUGAAACCGUAAGCUUCGAUCUGUGCGUGGACGCGUGCGGCGGAAGUGACUCGAAAAGUGAUAGCAAUAACACGUACACGGUGGUCCCGCUAGGCGGUGCCGACCUCUGUGAAGUGGUGAUAGCAUUCUGGCAUGACAGCCCCGGCAUGGGCGACGAUGUGUUCCUCGGCGAGAUCAAACUCCCGGUGCGGGGGAAGCAGCAGCUGAACGCGGUGCAGCAAAGUGCGUGGUACUACCUUCAACCCCGCACGAGCCACUCGCGGCCAACGCGAACCUGUGCCACCCCACCCGGAACGCGGCUCUCCUCAGACAAUUCCCUCGGCUCGCUGCGGCUCAAGCUCAACUACAACGCCGACCACGUGUUCCCGCUGGCCACCUACGACCAGCUUCUCAACAUUCUCAUCCAGUCGAUCGACCAAAAGCCCAUCACGGCCAGUGCCGUCCACAUCCUCGGCGAAAUCAUCCAGAACAAAACCGAGGUCGCCCAGCCGCUGGUCCGACUGUUCACCUACACCAACCUCAUCGCGCCCAUGAUCAAAGCCCUGGCCGAUCACGAGAUCUCCAAACUGACUGACCCCACCACCAUCUUCCGCGGCAAUACGCUCGUGUCCAAAAUGAUGGACGAAGCGAUGCGCCUGUCCGGCCUGCACUACCUGCACAACACCCUCCGGCCCAUCGUCGAGGAGAUCUUCGCCGAGAAAAAACCCUGCGAGAUCGAUCCGGCCCGCGUCAAGGACAAAAGCAUGAUCGACACCAACCUCGUCAACCUGCAGGAGUACGUGGAAAAGGUGUUCGAAGCCAUCACCAAGAGUGCGGUCAAGUGUCCACCGGUGCUGUGCCAGAUCUUUCACGAUCUGCGCGAGUGUGCGGCCAAGUACUUUCCCCAGAACCGGGAGGUGCGCUACUCGGUCGUGUCCGGGUUCAUCUUUCUGCGGUUCUUCGCGCCGGCCAUCCUCGGCCCGAAGCUGUUCGACCUGACGACGGAACCAGUGGACGAGCAGACGACCCGCACGCUGACGCUCAUCUCGAAGACGAUCCAAUCGCUCGGGAACCUGGUCAGCUCGCGGUCCGCCCAGCAACCGUGCAAGGAGCAGUACACCGGCCAGCUGUACAAGCGGUUCUGCACCGAGAAGCACGUGGACGCGAUCAAGCACUUCCUGGAGGUGAUCUCGACCGUGGGGGCGAACAUUACGGACGGCGAGACGACCAUGCUGGAGCCGGUCAUGCUCAAGGAGGGCGAAUGGAUGAUGACGAAGCGGGCCCAAGGUCGGAAGCGGUUCGGCCGGCGGAACUUCAAGCAGCGCUACUUUCGGCUGACGACCCAAUCGCUCAGCUACGCCAAGGCGAAAGGCAAGCGUCCCAUCUGUGAUAUACCGCUGGCGGAGAUACUGGCCGUGGAGCGACUCACCGAGAGGAGCUUCAAGAUGCAGAACAUCUUCCAGAUUGUGCGGAAAGAGCGGCCCCUCUACGUCCAGACGGCCAACUGCGUCGAGGAGAAGGAAUGGGUCGACCUGCUGAGCAAGAUCUGCCAGAGCAACAAGGCCCGGCUGGAGCACUUCCACCCGUGCGCCUACAUCAACGGCAUGUGGACCUGUUGCAAAGUAACGGACCAGUACGCGACCGGCUGCACCGCCGUCUCACCAAAACCAUUCCAGAUGGAGCUGGCCACCGCCCUGGAUCCAGCGCGCGACCUCCAGCGUCUCCACUCGCUCAUCAUGGUCAACUUUGGCAGCCUCGAGGAGCUCGAUCCGACGCUGAACGCGGCCUGCGACGAUCCGGCCGCCGCCCGCAAAACGAUCAAAAAGCUCAACGAACUGGCCAACGGACUGGAGCGGAUCCACCGCAAGUACAAGACGAUGCUGGCGCGGGAGAUGCGCUACGGAAGCCGCCAGGCCCCGAUCGGGGACGACAACUAUCUGCACACUUCGCGGCUGCUGGCCGGGGCUGGAGCGGGUGCUGGCGGGGGAGGGAAUUUGGCGGCAACGGCCGCCGCGGCAGCUGCCGCGUUCGAGCGGUCGCCGGGACUGUUCCACCGGAACCAUCCGCUGCGCAGCUCCGACAACGAGCGGUUCUCUCAGUGUUAACUAUUACUACUGGCGUUAUGCUUUCUUCUUUCUUUUUAGUUUUUAUUUUUUAACGUGUAGAGUUAAUUUAUUUAUUUCUUUUUUUUGUUUUUCCUUUUUUAAACCGCGACUGCGUUUUUGUGUUAUCGAACAAAUACCGCCAAGUUCUUUUAAAAUUUAAGAAGAUAUUUACUGCGUAACGCACACACACACAAACACACACCGUUUUUGUAUAGUUAGAAUUACAAGCAAAUCGUAAGAAAUCGCCGCAAAAAAAUUGUACAGAACGCAAGACUUGAAACGUGACAAAGAAGAACAAAAUUACUUUCCAAAGCUUUCCGCGGCGACGACGAGGACGACGCACACAAACACACGUUUUAUGUCUUUUUGUACGUAUAUAUUUGUAUAUUAUUAUGUUCGUUAUAAAGCAAGAAAGAGCAAGGUUUUUCUUUUCCCCCACCACCUUCUUCCCCUUCAGACACGAGUCCGGUUGCGACCUCCGGAACCACACAAGCGCUCUCUUUAAGGUUCAAAAUCCGUGGUUUUUUGAAGAAGUCGCGACCGGAAGAACGUGUCGUUUAAGCAUUGCCAGCGCCAACAACAAAUCUUUAAACAAAACAAAACUACGAAACUAUGCAAUCUCAUUCGCGCACCCGUUAACACACCAAGUUCAUGUUGAUAAUACAGUUUAAUACAAAGCAAAAAAAACAAAAAUCUAGUUGUUAGAAGCAAAGGAAAACUCAAAUCCAUCAACUCUACCCUCUUUCACAAUUUAAACAAAAAGCACAGAAAGCACACAGAACAACUUUGUCUAUUAAACAAGGAUUAAAGAAAAACUCCGUAAAUAUAGUUUAUACAAAUAUAUUUAAAUGAAGGAAAAAAACCAACAAACUAACAAGAUCGCGCAAGAAGGAAAAAGAGAAACUGUGGAAGCUUAGGGCAUAAGCGUGCUAGAAAACAAAUUCGCCCCGCCGAUCGAGACUCAAUAUUUGAGUCGACUCGAUACGCGGAAUUCGUUCUUUGUGUGCGUGUGCUUGUUAGUGUAAGUGUGUCAACACUAGGAUCUACACAAACAUCCACCCACAAUACACACACACACACACAGGGAGAGAAAAAAAAUGUUACGAAGUGAAACUGAAUGAUAAAUUAUGUAAAGAUUGGAGAAGGAAACAAAACAGUCCAUCCCAAAAAGAAAACUUUUUUUUUCUUCUAGAAUGCUGAACGAUUUAUAAAUAAAGCAACUAUGCAGAACGAACAAAGUGAAAAAAAA